CAUCAAAAGGGCUUUUCCGCCUUUCAGCUCUUUUUCUUUGUCUUUGUCUUUCUCUCUCUUCAUUUCUUUUCAUAAUUUCUCCAUUAAACACUUGACACACAAACGCUACAAAAAGCUGCUCUCCUUCUUCUUCACGUUCCUCCAAUAACCGCCGCCAUUUCUCAUCUUCUCACUUCAGUACACUAAAUUGACCUUCAUAGCUUUUGGAAAGAAUCAACUUUAGAGGCUUUUGUGGAAGUUUUUAUGAAAUAGACCAGACAUGAAAAAAUUCUUCUUUUUUAGAUCUUCAACAGAAAAGAUAGUUUCCUCAGAGAAGUCACCCAAUGUAGUACAACAGAAUAAGGGUAGUGACUCAUCCAGACUGUCUAAAACCCUUGAUGUAGGCAAUGAUUUUGGUCUUAGAAGGAGCCGUUCUUUCUCAUCUGCUGCCUUUCUUGGUAACUCUAGGGAAAGAAAUUUAUUAUGUUUGAGUGAUCAAAGUAGCUCUUCUUCUACUAGUAGUGAAAGUGUUAAAACUCAGCAACACAAUCGAUCAUCUAGGUAUUGCACACUAACUCCAGAAAGGCAAGUCAAGAGUAGGCGUCAAUCUGCAGAUUCUCAUGAUAAUGAUUUUGGUGGGUGGAAGCCUGCUGCUGUUAGAUCUCUGCAAGCUUCCUAUCGCUCACGAAAUGCUUCAAUUAGCUCUAGUGAUGUGUCAAAUGAGGUUCUAGACCUGUAUAUUGAUGGAGAACAACAUUACCAACAGGGAAGUCCCAGGAACAAAGCAUCUGCAAAAAGUCAUACUAGAGCUGGCAGAGUAAAAAAGCCGCCAAGAGUUCAUUACACAGCUCCCGGGUCUCUAGUGGGUAGUAUCAAAGAUAAGCCUAGAACUGAUUCAUUUAGAGGGGCCAAAGGAGCAGAUCAUCAUCUUUCUUCAAGAGAUUGGGUUGAAGCUGGAUUCAGACAUGAAUCUUCUCAGGAAUUGGCAAAACGUGUAGUUGAAAAGCUGUGUCAGUCUAGGGACUAUUCGAGAAUAAAUUUAAACAAUCCUGAUCCUGAUGUUCCCAUAACAAUUGACGAUGUUUAUAGUAAGAGCUUGAGGGGAGAAGAUGCUUUAAAGUUAAAUAACCCAUCUUGUAUUGAGCUCCCGUCAGAUACGCCAGCUUAUGGGUUUCAGGCUGAGCAUUGUCAAUGUCUUGAACAUGAUAGUUAUGGCAGCUGUGAUGCAGGUGAUGAUGAUGAGUUUAAUAUGGAGUUGAAAUCUAAAUUUAAGGAGGCCCAGGACAGAAUCUUGGUACUCUCCGAAGAGCUUGAACAGGAGUCGUUUCUUCUAGAUGUCGACUAUAAUGUGCCAGCAUUAAUUCAUCGAAUUAGAAACCUAGCUGAGGAGAAAAUAAGCCUGGCGCUUGAGGUUUCUGCUGCACUGGAAAAUCAGAUUGCUGACAGGACUUCUUUAAAAGAACAACUUACGUCUGCAGAGUUAGAUUUCGAUUUACGGAUGCAGAGAUUGCUGGAGGAAAAGAAUGAAAUGCAGUUAACACUGGAAAAGGAAUUGGACAGAAGAUCGAGUGACUGGUCAUUGAAGGUGGAGAAAUAUGAGACCGAAGAGCAGAGACUUCGAGAACGAGUAAGGGAACUCGCGGAGCAGAAUGUGUCGUUACAAAGGGAAGUGUCUUCAUUCAGUGAAACAGAAACUGAGAGGAAAAACAUGAUAACCCUUUAUGAGAAACAGAUCAAGGAUUUGACCUCUAUGCUUGAGCUGGCAAGAGAGGAGAACCGAGCUCUUCAAGAUAGCAACUGUGAAUUACAAGAGAAAUAUAAGACCACUGAAGAAGGCAGAGUUUUCAUCCAAAGAAGUUUUGGAGAGAAAGAGGAGGAGUGCAAGCAAUUGCAUUCAUGUGUCACGAGGUUAGUCAAAACAUGCAGUGAACAAGAGAAGGCAAUGGAGGGAUUGAGAGGGGAGCUUAUGGAGUUGGUCCAGAAGAAGCAUGAUAUGGAUAGUUUUGACAAACAUAUCCAGAAGCUACAGAUGGAGCAAAUAAGGUUGAUUGGAGUAGAGCUGUCUUUAAGAAGAGAAAUUGAAUCUUACAAGCAAGAAGUUGAUUCUCUUAGGAUUGAGAAUGUUAAACUGCUGGAACGCCUAAAAGCCUGUGGGAAAGGAGGUGGUUCAAUAACAUUUAAGCUAGAUGAGGAGCUGUCAGCUCGUCUUCUUUGCUUACAGAAACAGGGUUUAUCAUUGAUUAAUGACAGCAUUCAUCUUUCUUCAAAGCUACUCGAAUUCAUGAAAAAAACAGGUCAAAUCGGAGGAAAGAUGGAUGGUGUAGACACCCAAUUCAUAAUUGAAUCUGACACAAGAGUUCAGGGCUUUAAGCGAGGAUCUGAAAGUCUAAUGAAAAGUUUGCAGCUCAUUUCCACAACGCUUCAUGGAAGGUCUGACCUUGUUGCCUCAGAAUCCCAGACAGAAAAUGCAGAUGACGACAGAUGUAGGAUUCUGAAUGAGUGGAAUUCAACGGAUUCGACCGAAUCUGAGCUCAAAGCAGAAAUGUUAUUAACAAGUCUUUUGCGAGAUAAACUAUAUUCCAAAGACCAAGAAGUUGAACGACUGCAAGCUGAAUUGGCAACCGCAGCAAGGGGUAACGGUAUCCUUAGAUUUGAAGUCCAAAAUGCUCUCGAUUCUUUUUCCUGUGUUACGCACAAGAUGAAGGAGCUUGAACUCCAGAUGAUGAAAAAGGACGACAAAAUGAAUCAGCUCCAAAAUGACCUCGAGGAGAGUUUAAAAGAAUUGUCGAUCAUUCAAGGAAUAUUACCAAAAGUCACUGAAGAAAGAGAUAUUAUGUGGGAAGAAGUGAAGCAAUACACCGAAAAGAACAUGCUGCUGAACUCGGAGGUAAACAUGCUGAAGAAGAAAGUUGAGGCGCUUGAUGAGGAUAUACUUGUUAAAGAAGGUCAGAUUACAAUCUUAAAAGACACACUAGGAAGCAAGUCUUUUGACCUCCUUGCAAGUCCGGAUCAAAUCCACGAGUUCUUGCUCGAAUGACCGAUGAAUGUCUAUAGUGUUUAUAGUCCUUAACUAAGGUUUUUUGGGGCAAUUGAAAGGUUACAUAGCAUCAACCCAUAGUUGAUUUUCAUUUCUGGUAUACUUAUACUUUUGUUAUGGAUAGAAAUGAUUCUGAAACAACACCUGUUGCGGCUAGACAAGUUAAGCCUUUAAUCAUACUUUUGUUUAUAGUUUUGAUGUUUUAUCUGAAUUUGUGCAUCAUAUUUGUAAAUCAACUAUUGGAAUCAUUUUUUAGUGUUUUGCUGAUAAA